AUGUUCGCGUAUUUCUAUGCGCGGACACUUGCCGCCGGGGUAGAUCCCAAUUCGGUAUGCGAACCUGAGAGUACACGAUGGAUAGAAGGGAGACUAAUUCCACUUGUCAGUUUGGUCACCCCCACCAGUCCCGCCGUCGUCGCCGCCGCCGUCGUCGCCAAGGGGCACGGCACCCCACGGGCGACAACAAUGCCAUUGGAGAUCACGCUUGUCAUCCCUCCAGUGGAAGUGUUGGUCACUCCAUUCGAACUAUGUUGUGCCAAUUCAAUGGCUCUCGCAGUUGAUCUCGCAUGA